AUGAAGCCCACAAACGAGGAAUUAUAUAAAACAAUUACUGGUGGUAGAGGGGAUCUGCGGGAACGCCGUCCAUCAAGAUCUUCAAUCGAUAGUGAGGCAGGGUCUCAUGGAUCUAGAUCUUCUCAAGAAACAGAAGAAGAUGUUUGUUUCCCGUUGUUGAGAGAGCAUGUUCGAAUCAAUGGGAUUGAUUUCGACGAAAUCGAAGAGUUUAUCAAAGACGAAACUGAUGAGAAAAAUUUGAUUAUGAAACAACAACAAUUGCUCGCAAGGAAAUAUACCGGUGAUAACGACUUUGCCACAGCUAGUUCAUCAUUCCACUCAAAUGCCGCUUUGAAAUAUACUCCCAAGAAUAUUUUGAGAAAAACGCAAACUGGAUUAUCCAAAAUAGCUACUCGUCGCACAAGUACAAAUGGAUUCGAACAAGUUAAAUCCACUAAAGCACUUUCUCAAGAUACUCCUUCCUCGUUUGAAGAAGAUGAAUAUGAAAUCAAACAACUCCAUCCCCAGCACAACAUUAACGACCAAACAACAACUUCGUCCACAUUAGAACAAGUAACAUUUGGAGGCACCCGUAUCACCGAUGGUUAUCUUGGCUCCGCUCCCGAUCGUUUCUCCUUCUUCCAUUCCAACUCAGAAGAAACCAUCCAUGCACCCGACUUUCCAUCACUCGUGAGCCCUGGUCAGUCGGUCCGUGAUUUAUUCAAGAAUGGAGAAGAGACAUGGUGGUUAGAUUGUACAUGUCCAACCGAUGCCGAAAUGAAGAUGUUGGCCAAAGCCUUCGGAAUCCAUCCUUUAACUGCAGAAGAUAUUCGAAUUCAAGAACGUCGGGAAAAAGUUGAAUUAUUCAAAAACUACUAUUUUGUUUGUUUUCACACUUUUGAAGGAGAUAUUGAAAGUGAAGAUUAUUUGGAAUUGAUAAAU